UAGGGCAAUUCUCUCAAAUAUACAUUUUUAAGUUUUUGUCAUAAAAAUAGCACUCAAAAAAUAAAAUGACUAAGAAAGCACAUUUUUGUUUUGAAAAUUUUAAUUUUUUAUUUUUUAAAAUUUGAAACUCUAUCCCCAAAACCCCUACCCCUUAACUCUAAACCCUAAGUCUAGAUUGGUUAAUAAAACUUAUUUUGGUCAUUUUCUUUAUUAGGUCUAUUUUUGUGAAAAUAAACUAAAAAUAAAUAUCUAAGGGAAUUUAUCUUAUAUUUAUUUCAUUUUCUUUUAAAUUUGGUAAGUUUAUGUUUCCACAGUUGACAGUUUAUUUAAAAUAUUAUUUAUUUCUUUUACUUAUUUUAUAUUUUAUUUUUUAUUCAUGUAAAAUUUAGUUGAAUCUAAAAUUUAUGAAAAGUUCUUUUAUUCUGUUACAAUUUCAAAAUAACACUCAUUUAAUUGUAUUACUAACUGAAAAUAUAAAAUAAUAUUUUAAUGUUUACUAAUCUCAAAAUAAAAAUGAAAAUUACUAGGAUAUAAUUAUUUAUAACUAUAAGUUAGGAAUAAUUAAUAAUAUUAGUUUACGUAUAAUUAAAUGAAAAGUAAUAUAUAUUAUUUUAGUAUUUAGUAUGAUUAAUAGUAUUACACCAAAUUUAGAUUAACAUAAUUCACAAAAUAUCAAAUUUAGUGAAAUGAUGCUGUUUCUAUUGUUUUUCUUCAGCAGUCAUUUCUCCUGUUUCAUUUUUUUUAGCAACUAAGAUUCAUUUCUAUUGUUUCAUAAAAAAUAAAAUUACACUAAUUUUAUUUUUUUUGGUGUUUUGUAGGAGUUGACCUUCUUAUAAAAACAUUUAUAAAUUCUUAAUUAACCAUUAAUGAAUACUAUAUUUUGAUCCGCGCUUCAAAAACACAUGUUUAUUCUUUAAAACUUAAUUUUAAAAGAUAUAAUAUAUGUUAGUUUUUAUAGGUUUGGACAGUCUAUCCAGACUCGAAAAUUCAAACCAGAACCGAUUAAAAAAUGUUUGGUUCAUGUCCGAGUCUAGGCUAAAGUAAUUAUUGAUUUUUUUGGACUUCAGUUCAGGUACAAGUCCUACCUAAUACCCGUUCAGAAAUUUGUAAAUAUAUGUUUGAAGUUCGUUUAGUUUUAUAGAACUACAUUAUAUUUUAUACACAAUACUAUUGAAAGUGGGGUUUAUAAAGAAGUUAAAUUAACGUAGGCUUUUUGAUAAUGUAAAGAAGUUGAGUUCUACUAUAUGUGAAUACAACAAUGUUCAGAAAAUUGAUCCCUUAAAUUACACAUUGGAGUCCAAAAUAUUUUAUAAAAAAGUUAUCUCUCGAUCCACGGAUGUAAAAAUCAAAUCUAACCUCUCACCAUUUAGCUUACAUUAUUGUUUUCAAAUCUGAUCCAUUUAAAUCUAUCUUAUAAGCCCAAGAUCAAUGGACAAAAUUGUCAUUAGUGAGAUUUAAACUUUUUCAUAAAUUUAGGAAUAUUGUUUUCAAGAACUGAUGGAUAUUAUCAUAUUAUAUUGAUAUCCUUAAUUAAUAAUAGAUAAUUUUUAAAAACAAAUAUUUCUAUAUACAUACAAAGAGAAAAGUCUUUAGCGUAGGAAUCAUGUAAUGUUAUGGUGUAUGAUUUUAUAGAUAUAAAACAAAUAAUAUAGUAUAACUUUUGUGAAAAUUCUGCUAUAAAGAUUGAUAUUGCUUUGACCAAUGUUGGCUAAUCUUCAUGACAUAGACAAAAUGGUUUAUAUUUUUAUACAAUAAUGUUUCAUCAAUUUGAUUAACUAUCUUAAUUGCCACAAAAUAUCAUAACAUGUGCUAUCAAGCUUUUGUGAUUGUUUGGUAAAAUAUUUUUAUUAGAAAAUAAAUUUAGUAAAAAGUAAAAGAGAAUUCCAUAAUGUCAUAAAUUACAUAUAUGUGGUUAGAUAGAUAGGCUUAGUAAAUAGUAAAAUAAUAUAAUUCAUAUUUUAAUUAAAUAGAAGUAUAAGUUAGGUAGAAUUAUCCACAAAAAUAGGAUAAAAAACAAUGAGUUUAAUAUUAAUAACCUCAUGGUAACAGUCACAUUGUUAUAUAUAUAUAUAUAUAUAUAUAUAUUUUUUUUUUUUUUGUUAAGUUUCUAAUAAAUAGGUUCAAUGACUUUUGUAUAGUAAAUUUUUGGGAUAAUUCUCUUUUAGUAGUAUAGAUUUUGUUAUUUUGUAGUCAACACUUUAUUUUGUGUAUGUCUCUUUGGGCAACAACUGACAAGUUUCACAAACAUAAGUUACAAGACAGACCUAGUAAUAAACUAAUAAUUAAUUUAUUACUCUUUGACUGAUUCCCUUGUUCAAUUCGCGUUUUUUUUGUUGUCAAAAUUCAUUAAUAAUUAAUUUAUUACUCUUAAGAAAACGUUUGUAUAAUUACUACUAAAGAGCUAUAUAUAUGGACUGAAUAUGUUGAAGCAUUCCAAACUACUUCAAGUUCAACUCUAGUAUAACAAUCUUAUUGAGAAAUCCUGCAUCAAUGAGAAAUUCACCAAAACUUUGUGUUGUUUUUCUGAUCAUGGUUCUUUUGUUUGGUCCGAGUCAUGAGUUAGCACCGUUUUGGCCCGACACCACCGUCAUAGUGAUAAAUAAUCUUGGAGGUCCACUUCUUACGGUUCAUUGCAAAUCCAAAAAUGAUGAUUUGGGGGUUCACAUGGUGGCUGCCAACAAAGAUUACCACUUUUCAUUUCAGCCAAAUGUAUGGAAAACAACACUGUUUUUCUGCGGCUUCCAAUGGAACAAUCAGUUCAAGCGGUUUAAUAUAUUUGAUGCUACGAGAGAUGAAGGUGUAGGUGAAAAAUUUAACUGGAGUAUCAAACCCGAUGGUCCAUGCAAGCUUGGUAAAAAGGUUAAAUGUUUCCCAUGGAAAUAAUUUGAUAAUAAAUGAUUGUGAUGAUGAUAAAUAUAUAAAGAUGUUUUUACACACAAUAAAAAUAUAUAUAAAGACGAUCAAAAUAAAAAUAUAGUUUCCUGUUUCAUUGUGUUUCUUUUUCCUUGUAUUAGUUUAAAAUGUUCGGUUAUGAAGCUAAUAAUCUGAGAUAUUCUAUGAUAUUUGAAUUUACUAUUUUAUUUACUUUAAGGUAUUUCAAUAUUUGUUUUCUUUUUCACUGAAAUUAAGUCCUUUUCAUUCAUAACAACUUAGAACCAAUACAUCAAAUAAAGAAUAAACUCAAACGGCUGGCCCCUCUUGAA